GUGACGCAACGUUGUGCUCGAGCUAACCAAUCCGGUUCGAGCUCCUGAGGGGAUACGGGAUCUUCGGUCCUGAGCAGCGUUGUGUUGUUGUGUUCACAACCGACACAGCGCGAAGCUGCAAGUAGUAGUGAGAGGGAUGUCUCCAGAGGAUGAACCCCAAAGUCCCGCCCGUGUCUUCGGCCCUACUGCGGAGGACCUCACAGCGAGUUGUGCGGGGGGGCCAGACCGCUCUCAGGAGCUGGGGAGAAGAAGCGAGGCACGCAGCUGUCUCCAGAUCAGACCCCCAGAGGACGACAUCAGCUGUCGUGGAGCCUCUGCCAGUGGAGCGAGCCCCUUCCUGAAAACACUGAUGGACGCGGAAGCAGCUGCCAACGCUGCAGCCGUGCAACUUGUGUCUUUUAAAGAUGCCAUGGAGGAUGAGUUUUCUGAUUCAAGAAGGUCCACCACGGACAAGCGGCGAGCUGCGAGGCAGAGAGGCCUCCUGCUGGAGAAGCUGGUGGAUUUCAAACGAACAAAUAAAUCUGUUCGACAGAAACUGAAGCAGCUGCAGGAAGCAGAGGCUGAUCGAAUUGAUGCCAACCGACAUAUUGAGAUGUUAAUGAAGAGGAUAACACAGGCUGAAAGUGAUAAUGAGCGUUUAAACAGAGAUCUGACUGAGACAGAACGAAGAUUCGUGGAGUUGAUGGAUCUGCGGAGAGAAGAGCAGGAGAACGUGAAGGCCGCCGCUCACGUGACAAAGUCUGUGGAGGCGACUCGGGCUCACCUGCAGGAGCAGCUGCGCACGAAGGAAGCUGAGAACAAGCGUCUGGCUGCACAGCUGCGGACUCUGGAAAGAGCCCGCACUGAGCAGAAGAUGGAGAUCAAAGAUCUGAGAGGAUCCGUCGCCACGUUGAAUGAGAAGGCAGCAAAGGACAAAGAAUCUCUAAAGAAAGCCACGCGAGCACAGAAACUGAGAGCCCAGAGAUUUGAAGCUGCUGUAGAGAAAUGUUAUGCACAGCUAAAGGAAAAGGAUGCUCAGCUGGCCGAUGCCCGUCUGGACAGAGACUCCAGGAGACGGCAGAAGGAGCAGCAGACGGACGAGAAAGACCAGCUCCAGGCUCAUGUAGAGUUAUUAGAGAGUCAAAUCACGGAGUUGACAGCGAGGCUGCAGAAGGAGAGGGAUGAGCUGACCGCGGCUCACGACACCGUGAUGCAACGUGUUGAAAAACUCUGCGCUGAAAACGGAGACCUCCACGUCAAUAAUGCAGCACUUGAGGCAUCAGUUGCUCGCUUGGAGCAGCAGCUGAAUGAUUGUGAGUCGGCUCUGGUGGAGGAGAAGCUCGAGUUGCAGGAGAGGAAACAUCAAGCUGAACAGUUUCAAUGUCAGGUCGCAGCACUUCAAGUUGAGCUCGAUGAAAUGAGGAUAAAAUAUAAAUAUAUUUUAAGAGAGACGGAGAAGACCAGGGAUGGGAAAGACACAGAAGUUGAGAGGGUGAGGCAGCGGCUCCAGGCCCGUGUGGACGAGCUGAAGCUUUACCCUGAGUUACUGAGUGCAGCCCAGCAGAGUCUGUUUGAGAGCCAGGAGAAGCUGCGGAGCUCAGAGGGGAAGUGCUCAGAACAGUCAGAGUCCGUUAGCCACCUGCAGGUUAAGAUGGGGAGUCAGACUAACUUGCUGAGAUCAUCGAUGGAGAUGAAAGACUCCAUUCAUGAGGCCAACGUAAAACUACAGGAGAGAAUUAAUUCUGUUCAAACGCAGAUGGAGAGGCUGCAGCAGGAGAACCUGGAGCUCGUACGGAGGCUGGCAGAUCAGGAGGAGACUCUGAGCUACAGCAGCCGGCAGCUGGAUCAGCGCUCGUCGGAGAAUCAGGCCCUCAGCCGACAGCUGGAGGCGGCCUUAUCAGACGUUCAACAACAGGUCCAAAAAGUCAAAGACCAGAGUGUUUCCAGAGAGGGAAGUCUUCAGACUCAAGUCCUGCAGCUGGAAGCAGAGAAGAGCAGAAGAGAUGAAGAGCUGAGGCGUCUUCGCCAGAAAAAACUGACUGCAGAGCGACAGUUUGAGGUGCGUCUGAAGGACCUGCAGCUCAGCCUCGACCAAUCAGAGAGCCACAAACAAAGCAUUCAGAACUACGUCGACUUCCUGAAAAACUCCUAUAAGACCAUGUUUGAUGAGGGACUGCAGACUUCUACUUUUACAUCCUCCUGUUUUCUAAAAUAAUUCAGGGCUCAUAUUUUGACAUUGUAUUCUUUGUAUUUAUUUACGGUUUAUUUUUUAGGUUUUAUUACCUCAAAUAAGUAAAAACUACUGAACCAAUUUCCAUGAAACUUGGGUCUCAGGUAAGAGGCAAUUAAAUCUUGGUGUGGAUCCGAAUCAGAGGGCGAAACCAAGAAUCUUUUUUUAACUUGGUCUAUUGCAAGAUUUCCAAUGAUUUCUCAGGGAAAACCUAAUGGAUCUUGAAGACACAGAAGUCAGAUAUGUUCAGGUGACUGAAUAAAGUCUGGAUCUAGUGAACGUAAAUGUUGGAGGAAUGCACACUACUAUGUGCCCUAUCUUUUAUCGCCUUUUAGAGGAAGUAAGAAAAUUAUUUAUUUUAUUGCUCCGGCUUUUCUUUAGAUAACUACUUCUUGAUUUAACUGAUGAUCUGUGGCUGUUUUGUUUUUUUUAAAUCUGCUGUUAUGACAGUUUUGUUUUAUCUCAUGUCCCAAGAAACUACAGAAGAUUUUCACUUGUGUGUCAGGGUUCCUACAGUUGUGAGAAACCUGGAAAAGUCAUGGAUUUUUAUAAUGUGUUUUUCCAAUCUUGGAAAAGUCCUUGAAAACAAAUAAAAUCCCAAAGGUUUUGGAAAAGUCA